AUGUCUCUUUCUACAGGUGUGAAAAAGCCACCAGUGGCCCCCAAACCCAAGCUCAUUCAGCCGCUGAAACCUACACCACCCCCUGUUGCUCCCAAGCCAGACAUUUUGCUGUCACACCCAUCACCAGUGGCAGUGAAAAAAGCCAAGCCAGCAGUCGCACCCAAACCGUGCUUUCCUAAAACCACCACCACUCCAGAAUCAAAGUGUGUUGGUCUGAAAGGCGUGGCUCUAAACUUCACUCAAGAGAGGACUGAAAGUUCGGAGGACUUGGGCCUUCUAAAUUCCAGAAAUGGAAUGCUCUCAGAGUUCAGUAAGCCAGACUCUGAUUACAUAAUACGGACUUGCAGCUGUAACCAGGACAACUGUCUACAAUGUGAACGCACUGGAAACUGCAAAAUAACUGAAACAGAUCAGUCUGUAAAACAAUGGGAGACUUGUCAGAAUGGCAGAACAGAAAAGAAUAAAGUGCAGGUGUCACCUGUUCCCAGGUUUCGAAAUAAACCUGAGCUUAGCCAUGACAAAACUGGCGGAGGCAGUAAGAGCCAGGUGGUCAAUGCUGUUUUCAUGGAGCAAAAAAUAAAGGAUGUUUGGGCCCAGGCUGUAUCCACUAGUACCUCCCACCUUAAGCAGAGACCUCCGGGAAAGUCCACAGUACAAGCAAAAGCUGCAAUACUGGAUCAGAACCUGAACGCAUUUACAGAAACUAUAGAUGGCUCCACUGGGAAACAAACACUUACUGAAAGAUCCCAAAGUGAUGAAACAAAUGGUAAUGAUCACUCUCAUGUUGAGCAGCUUCAGGAGACCUUGGGACAUGUAGAAAUCUCUGUGAGUGCCACAGAGAGUAAUGUAGAAAGUGGAAAACUACAACAAAAAUCCUCUGUCCCCGCAGCUCCUCAAAAGCCCCUGCCGAUUCCAAUGCCACGGAAGCCCAGAAAACCUGCAUUAGUGAGGCAAGAGGGUAUUGAUUCAGGUGUCCAGGAGAUCAAGGAAAGAACUGAAACAGUUCAAGAAGAGACAAAGGACAUUAAAGUCCACUGUGAUAGUCCACAUCUAUCAUCCAAGGUGUUGGUACACAUGCAGAGUGUCUCGUAUUCCAGACGUUCAGAUGAUAAUUGUGAACAUUCUCCAAAAACCCAGAGAUCUGAGAUAAUAGAGGAUUCUAACUUGCCUCUUCCUCCUCCUCGCCAGGCAUCGCUUACACCUGAGCUCGGAAAGAUGUCUAACUUGGUACCUGAUGAGCAACUAUGGGAGGGUGAGGAGAGCCGAUGGGGGGAAUGUUUUAUGGAUGAAGAUGCAAGGGAGCAGUGUAGUGAAUUUGCUCGUUAUCCUGUUACUAGGAGUCUUCCCAAAAAGCUCAAGCUGAAUUGCAACCUUCAACUCAGCGUGGCAGCUUCUGUGGAGGAAAGGUCUCCGAAGGUUGCCCCAAAAAAGCCACAAAGGCACAGCUUGCCAGCUUCAGGACUGCUGAAGAAGGAGUUCUCCGAAGAGGUUGAAGAGAGCAGCACCAGCCAAUGUGGUGUCACAUCUCAAGCAACCAUAGAGGUUGGUGCACCUUCAGAAGGUUGUAGCCGUAUGACCGAGGAAGAUACGCCCUUAACAGAGAAGGAGCUGCCAGCACCCCCUGCAGAAAAACUUUCAUGGCGAUUUACGCGAUCCAUUGUUCCAUUCUUCGGAAAACAGACCUCAAGAAAUAACAGCACCGGUGAGGUGCAGAGCAAAGUGCCUGCACCUAACCUGGGGAAGCAGAGAGCGAAGUCCUUCUCCUCAGCAGAUUUGGACCGGUCCGAUGGGCAGAAGAGAAGCUCAUUCAGGAGGAUCCUUGAGUUGAAGAUGUCUAUGAGAAUGCUUCCCAAGCUUUUGGCUAAGGGUAGCCAGUCCUUGGACUGCACAUCUGUUGAAACUGAGCCAUCCAUGGAUGAGAACUGUGUCAAUGUGGAUCACAAUGGAGCAUUUCAGGGCCAACAGGGGCCCAAUAGUCAGCAUGCCACACCUUUUGGCACACCAGCCAGGGAACGCAAGCUGUCAUGUCCGCAGGUCGGCAUGGAACAGAAUGUAGAUGGGGAGGAAUUUUUCCCAGGGGUGGAAUAUGAGAACUUGCCUCUCUAUGAGGAGAUUCCAGAGUACAUGAACUUGCCAUUUUUGAAUGCAACAGGGGCUCUGAGCACCCAGUCAACUCCAUUUGGAUGGCAGAACUCAUCCAGUAUGGAGGGUGGUGAGGAGGAGGGCGAUAUUUACGAGGAGCAGGAGCCCUACAUGCCCCAAGGAAGUUGUACUUCUCGUGGACACCAGCGUGCUCCUUACAAGAGGGCUUCAACGGAGGAGUAUGACAGGAACUCUGAGGAAGAGGAUGUCCUCGACAGCUCUGAUGAGGAGGACAGCAGCUCUGCCUCCAGCAAAGGGGAAGCUGAGCUCUCUGGGGACCGACAGAAUGAAGCUGGAGCCAAGAAGACAAAGGUGGUGUAUAUCGCUAAGGAGAUCAUGAGCUCAGAGAAAGUGUUUGUGGAUGUGCUGAAGCUGCUCCACAUUGACUUCCGGGAUGCUGUGGCCAAGGCUUCUCGGCAGAGUGGUAAGCCUGUGGUGGAGGAGCGAGUGCUCAACCAGAUCCUGUACUACCUGCCCCAGCUAUACGAGCUGAAUCGGGACCUGCUGAGAGAGCUGGAGGAGAGAGUGGCUCGCUGGAGUGACCACCAGCGACUGGCUGACAUCUUUGUGAAGAAGGGGCCGUACCUGAAGAUGUACUCCACCUACAUCCGUGAGUUUGACAGGAACGUGGCCCUGCUGGACGAACAGUGCCGGAAGAACCCUGUGUUUGCUACUGUUGUUCGAGACUUUGAGAUGAGCCCGCGCUGUGCCAACCUGGCUCUGAAGCACUACCUGCUAAAGCCAGUUCAGAGGAUUCCACAGUAUCAGCUGUUGCUUACAGAUUAUUUGAAGAAUCUUACUGAAGACUCAUCUGAUUAUAAAGACACACAGGCUGCCCUUGGCAUUGUGAAAGAGGUGGCCAAUCAUGCCAACGACAUCAUGAAACAAGGGGACAACUUCCAGAAGUUGAUGCAGAUCCAAUACAGCCUGAAUGGCCAUCAUGAGAUAGUCCAGCCUGGAAGGGUGUUUCUAAAGGAGGGCACUCUGAUGAAGCUGUCCCGUAAGGUCAUGCAGCCACGGAUGUUCUUCCUGUUUAACGACACCAUCCUGUACACCACACCAGUCCAGUCUGGCCAGUAUAAACUCAACAACAUGCUGUCUUUGGCAGGAAUGAAAGUGAGCAAACCCAGCCAGGAAGCCUAUCAAAAUGAGCUGAACAUUGAGAGUGUGGAGCGUUCUUUCAUCCUCUCUGCCAGCUCUGCUACAGAGCGAGAUGAAUGGCUGGAGGCCAUCUCGAAGGCCAUUGAAGAUCAUACCAGGAAGAAGAUCACCUUCAUCUCCAGCAAAAGCCUAGAUGAGCCAGAUGGGGCGAGUGUGGAUGCAGGGGCUCCCCUAGGAUCCAAGGCACCCAUUUGGAUCCCAGACCUGCGGGCCACCAUGUGUAUGAUUUGUACAUGCGAGUUCACACUCACCUGGAGGAGACACCACUGCCGUGCCUGUGGGAAGGUGGUUUGCCAGGCCUGCUCCUCCAACAAGCACUAUCUGGAGUACCUGAAGAAUCGACUAGCCAGGGUGUGUGACCACUGCUUUGCCAAGCUGCAGGAAAAAGGUGACUCAGCCACACCUGCUACCCCUUCACCAAGUGGGAAGUCCUCCACUGGGGCAUUCACAUCAGUCCUCAAUAGCAUACCAUCCAGGAAGCAGAAGAAGAUUCCUGCUGCCCUGAAAGAGGUGUCAGCAAACACAGAGAACUCUUCAAUGAGUGGCUACUUGCUAAGAUCAAAGGGCAACAAGAAGCCAUGGAAGAGGCUUUGGUUUGUCAUCAAGAACAAAGUUUUAUAUACUUAUGCAGCCAGUGAGGAUGUGGCAGCACUAGAGAGCCAGCCCCUGCUUGGCUUCUUCCUGAGAGAAGAACGCUCUGGAGCUGCUCAGAAGCUGCAGUUCAAGCUGUACCACAAAAACACACUGUACUACAUCUUCAAAGCAGAUGACGUCCAGACAGCCCAGAAAUGGAUAGAAGCAUUCCAGGAUGCCAUGAUUCUUUAAUUUUCACAUCUCAGCUGUGUCAACAAGGCAAACUAUGACAAGAAGAUGAAGACAUUCAAUUGCUGUAGACAUCCUUUUACUGGUAUUGAUGACCUCUACUUCCCCACCUCCACAGAGCUACAACUUACUGGAGAAUGUCAGUGUUUUCAAAACGGGAGGCAGAGAUGUCAACUUCAUGGAAAAUGCUCUGGAAUUCUGCUAUAAGUACAGUAUGGAGCAUAAAUGAAUCAAAUCACUCUCAGCACAAGAGCAUAGCAAUGAAGAGCAUACCUUAUCCAGAGGUGCCCAACAUGUAUUGGUGCUACAAGUUGUAUGUGUAUUUAACUUUCUUUUUAAAAUAUGAGUUCUGCCAGUAAUUUCCUCCUCCUAAAUGGAUCCAGUGUUUGAGGCUGAUAAAGAGAUUACGUUUGUUCUCCUGAAAAAAAAAAAAGGGUGGUCGAGGUGAAGGCAUAGUAUAUUACAAGUGUGGGUCAAAGGUCAAGUUCAAAGCACGUGUGCGGAAGUGUUGUGGAGUUAAUGGUGUGCAGCUGUGUGUGCCUCGAAUAGCGAGCAAGAGAUAAAACACAUCAUGGAGAAGUUUUUUGUCUACUAACCCGGUUCUGCUGAGCACUGACUUUUUUUACAGACCUUUAACAAUGGACAGUACAGACUGGCAGGAAAUAACUGUUCUACUCUGAAGCCUUAAAUGAAACAUGACCGAAGGGUUCAUGAAUUUUAACACACUUUAGUGAAAGUCCAUUUUGAAUAUUUUAUGGGGUCUGUUUCAGGACUUUUAACUAUAUAAUGCACCAUACUGGAAAAACUGGAAAUAGUUGUGUAUGUAUAUAUAAUUUCACAUGUAAUAUAAAUAUAUUUAAGAUAUUGUAGGUAAUGUUAAAUAGGCUUCUACAAGAUGUGGUGGUGGGGAAAAAAAAUUACAAAAAUCCGUUGAGCUCACUUUAGUGGAUCUACAUGCACUAAUAUUUUAACACUGGUGACACUUGCAAUGUUCUACAGUGUUAAUGUGAAAAAACCCUGGUAUGUUGAGGUAUACUUCACAGUACACCAGCCCAUAGAAAGAAUACUGUCCAAAUAGCUAGAAUUCAAAUUGUGAAACUGGACUUAUGUUGAGAUUUGUCUCAGCUGUGUAUGAAACUCAUGACACUCUUGGCCAAGUAGGCAUUAUGACACCAGGGGUUUAUUUAAAAUCUGUGUAGCCAACUAUGAAAGAGAACACCUUUUAACUGUAUAAAUGUGAUAUGGAUUACAUAUUUAUUUUAGAUUUUAGGGAUGUUGUAAUGCCUUUUGUUUUAAAGCACAGUUAAAGCAAUGCCUUGCUCAGUACACACACUAAUAUAUAUAUAUAUAUAUA